UGGAGGCUGUUUAAGCAAAUUGGGACCUCCUUCGAGUUUAUUAAAAUUUAAAGACUCCCGUCUUUUCAAUUUAAAAUUAACGACAGUAAGCGAACUAGCCGAGAUAAAAACCAAAAAUGGCCAUCGAACUGAUACAAAAUGCGACAGCCGAAUACGAAAAUCAUCCAACUGGAGGUCAGACAUACACUCUUGAUUGGACUCGGCAAGUCUUUGGACCAAUUGGAAUUGUUGGAAUCAUUUUCAAUUUGCUAAUUGUCAUCACAGUGUCAAAGUUGGAAAUGAACAAAGGUCCUUCAUGCCUCGCCAUUCAACUCCUCGCAUUCUGGGACUCCAUUGCAAUCAUAGGAGAUGCCAUAUUCGAGAUGACAUUCAAAUCAAUUCUCAAUUUCGACAUUUUUGUCCUGGAUCAAUUCGGUGUUCUGUGCAAAGUUCUCAGAAGUUUUGAUUGGCUUGGAAAUCAUUCGGCCAACUGGCACGUCGUCAUCCUCUGUCUAGACAGGUAUUUGUCUGUGGCAAAGCCAAUGUUCUACUAUGGUCAAUGGAAGCGGAGACACAUUUGGAUCCUGAGUGUAUGUUCCGUGGUGCUAACUUGGAUCUCCCAACUACCCUUUCUUUACUUCUUUCGCAAAGUGAACAACACCUGCGAUCUUGACCCUGGAUUUUUCCCGGCCUUCGUGCUGAGAUAUUUCAUCAAGUUCCAGGCAUAUGUGAUGUUUUUUGCUGUGCCCGGAAUUCUGAUUGUGUCCAUGUCGGUGGCUUUCAUCUACAAGCAAACCAAAAAACGACCAACAGAAGGGAGAAAACUGUCCGCCGAAAGAAUCCGAACUGAGUUGGCUUAUCGUCGUAUGAUCAUCGCACUCAUCAUAUCCUACAUAUUCAUAGCGUCAGCUGCUUCUGUGGCCAUAUAUGUUGGUCUAUCUCAAGGCCAUAUAUGGGCAUACAAUCUGGGCGACGGACUCUUGGUCACCCAGAGUUCUCUGAAUCUUGUGUUCUACAUGUUUUCUGGACCUGUGUUCAGAAAUGCCCUUUGGCGCGCAAUUAUUUGCAAAUAAAUUAUGGAAGUUCAUGCAUGGGAGCUAAAUUAAAUGCAAGUGGUUUUUGAAAAAAACGCAUCAUUCAGAAGGUUUGAA